AAAACCUGGCAUUUGAACCAGGGUGUGUAUCGUCUUAAAUUGCCUUAACUAGUGAGAACAAAGCGCACUGGUACAUGGAACUUGAUAUACUGGAACUGGAUAUACUAGUAGGCUCUAGUAGCGGAAUAAACUUUAUUAGUCGGAAACAGUUGUUCUACUGAUGUGUUGAACUGUCUGACUGGUGAAGGCAAAAAGUGUGCUAGAGUAAAUAGGGAUUACGUUGGGUAUCGAGGAUAUGGAAUAGACGGUCAGCGCUUGAUGUGUUUUGGGAGAAAUAAAAUGCAAAUGAUGUUUUGCGAUAAAUCCAAUCCGUCAGCUCCCCUCCCUUCUGCAGCAUUGAUCAUGAGGAUGUGUUCCGUGGCCCAGUUGACAAUGGAUGCGGCGUGCACGCGUUCAGUGGGAGGGAUUAUCCACCAAGUAGGGCAAGUGGCUGAGGCUAAGGACUGCAAUUGCAUCCAGCCUCAGACAUCCGCUCGUUGCGCACGCGGACGACGAACCGGGGGCCGCUUCUUCGCCCCAGUCACGACAAAUAACACCUCAACCGAAAUGGUCAAGUACGCGGGACAACAACGCCAGGACGACGAGCGGAAAAAGCAGGGGCCGGUGUCGGAGCGCGGUGCGUUCACGGACCCGCGGGAUUCGGGAAACGUGUCCGACUGCUCGCUGGGCGACGCGUCGGACGCCAUGGAUACGUUCAUGAAGAACGUGCAAGUGCUGCUGGACGCCGCGCACUACAUCGAGAGCGUGGAUAAGAACAGCGGAAAAUGUGAGCAUGGUUAUGCUUCCACGUACCCUGCCAAUGAUCUGGCACACCCACAGAAACAUCGUAAAUUCAACAAGAACAGGAAACUGGACAAUAUUCACAACAGGUCAGCCCACAAUGAAUUGGAAAAGAAUAGACGAGCGCAUCUCCGCCUAUGCUUGGAAAGGUUGAAGUCGCUCAUCCCUCUCGGGCCAGACUGCAGUCGGCACACCACGCUGGGACUCCUCAACAAGGCCAAAGUGCACAUCAAGAAACUAGAGGAGGUGGACCGGAAGAGUCAGCACCAGCUGGACACCCUGGAGCGGGAGCAGAGGUAUCUGCAGAGGCAGCUGGCCCAGCUGCAGACGCUCGGCGAAAGGGAUCGCGUCCGCAUGGAUAGCGUGGGCUCCCCCACGGACUCCGACCGCUCCGAAUCGGACCGAGAGGAGAUCGAAGUGGACGUGGAGUGCACCGAUUUCUCCCUGGGAGAAAUGGACAGCGUGAGUAGCGGCGGGGCCAGCGACCUGGACGACCAGAGUAGCCGGCAGAGCUCGGCCAGCGACGAGGGCUACUCCACCUGCAGCCUCAAAGUGGCCUUCUCGGCUUGAGGUCUGCCGCACUGUGCUCCCCCCUGCCCCCUUUCCCCCAACACUACUGUUUUAUGGCUUUAACCAGGGGUGGGGAACCUACAGCAGGCGAGACACAAUCUGAUUCGCUCCGCCAUUGCAGUUUUCACAACUGCAUAUCUACAAUCGCCAACACGUGGUGAAGUAUCAAUGUUGGCUAACUUAAAAUAGCAUACGGUCGCUAGCGAGAACAAAUUGUAUUCCUCCACAUGUCCAAUUCGAAUGGCUUUAUUGAAUAAAGGUCAAAUAAACACAAGCACAUAUUCUCUCUCACAACCUGCUGUGUGCUACAACUGAAACUGAGCGGUAAACCAUGUAACACGCAUUCAGUCACAGAUGCUCCAGUGCUAUAUAAUGUGGGAAAGGCGACCCCAGGUGGACAAAAAUAAUACCUACACCUCACACGCAUAAAUAAUUGGUAUUCUAUGUAAGGCUGUCACUAUCAAGUAUUUUUUACAAAUGAUUAUUGGAUUGAGAAUGGCCCUAAAUAAUAUAAAAUAGUUAUAUAAUCGCAAAUUAUUGAAUUAAUUUAUUAGUUGUUCUCUAAUUCGGUAUGAAGCUUCAAAACACAAGUAAUAAAAUAACCAUUUGGUCGCUGACGAAGGCUGACUGUACUGCGCAAUAAAGUUUGCUGCUGUAUUUUUUUUUUCCACACGCAAAUCUUUGGCGAAUCAGGCGCGAGGAAUCAAAAUGGUCCCAGACACAAAAAAAGGUUCCCCACCCCUGACUUGAACAAUCACCAGCCUACAGCUCCACAAACCCUCCAUGUCCACCUAAAAACCAGCCUUAAGCUUGACCCCAACCUAAACCUGAAUGUCUGUUGUCCCGUGACCAGCCACAAUCAAAAAGAGAGGCACAAAUGGGUCUAAUCUUCGAUGAAUCAAAUGGAUCCUCUUAGAAAACAGAAAAAAAGGGGGGUGAAAGGUCACAAAUACCAGCUUGACAUUUGCUCCAUUUGCCUUUAAAAAAAAAAAAUGUUGCCCUUUUUCUUUGGAGGGCUGCGACGUCUGCAUUCCAAAAUGUGUUUGUAAACACAAAAUCUGCUUUUAGUCGUCGGAGCCACAAGCAUCAAAUCUCUACACCUUAGUUGUUCUAAUUUAUUUUGCAUAGUAUUUAUUAUUUUUUGCUAUAUUUAAUUGUGCUGCAGCUUAAGUGGUGGGAAGAAAAAAAAAACUUUGAAAAUGACGUGACCUCCCCUUGAAAUGCAUUACAGUGUCAGAACCUGUCAUCUUUAUUUUGACCCCCAUUUUAAAAGUCAUAAGCUCUCCAGGACUUGUCUGAGCACAAGGUGAAAAAGCAAUAAAACAUCUAUUUAUUUUUUUAACGUCGCUUUUGUCCGUCCAUAAGCUAAGGCGAUUCAUGUCCAACUUGCAAGACUAGUGAUUUAAGUUUAAAAAAAAAAUGUAACAGAAUUUCAAAAGCUACAGUGCAUGUGUGUUGAAUGUUGUAACGGAAAAAAAAUGUCUGUAGCAUGAACAAAACACUUUUAUUAGAUUUUUUUAACGUUUAAACGGUCACCCGUUGUUGCACUGUUCCAAACCAUCAAGGACCACAAUAACGAUGCCCAUUUUCAUCCAUUUUCUCCCCUGCUAGUGAAUCCAUCAGCACCAAAUUGUGUCUUAAUGUGGGUGUAUGACUCUUGCACAAGUCCCUGAUCACCCCAACGUCUUUGGGGAAAUGUAUAAAAUGCACUAUAAAAAUAGGAAUUGUGUUUGGGGGGUGGGGGGAAAAAAAGCACAGCCCUGAUGUUUUCUAGUGCUUGAUUAGGGAUUUUGUUUUUUUUUUUUUUGCAAAACAUGCUGCUGGUGCCCUACUGAUACUUUGUAACGGUUCCUGACGACACUCCCUGGAAUCUGAAUAAAUCUCUUCCACCAACAUGUGA